GUUUUUUUUUUUUUUUGGAUUCUAAGACGAAGACUUCGGUUUUGGGUCAUCUACUUGUUCUGUCUCUCCUUUUUAUAACUUGAGUUCUGCUUUGCUUCUGAUUUUAUUAUUUUGGUUUCUUUUAUAAUAAAUUGAAAUGGAAAAGAUUGAGUUCCUGGCUGAGUUUCAAGUCGCGGCAGAGAAGCUAAGCCACAGCAACGGAGUCCUAGUUAUGAUCACGUUGUUCCUAAGAUGGGUCGCGUGCUUCGCUGCUGUUUUCCUGAUGAUUUUGGAUGGAACGAAAUGGAAGUACCCAAACAACAUGUUGACUUCACUAUUAGCUCCCUACCUCUGCGCUAGCCUUCCUCUCGUUAUUUUCCAAUUUUUUAGGGCGGGAUUUGGGAAAUGGAUCGCACUCUUUACAGUUGUUCUCAGGCUUUUUUUACCAAACCAUUUUCCUGAAUUGCUAGAGAUCCCAAGUGCAACGAUUCUUUUUAUUGUGGCUACACCGAGGGAUUUAGUGGAUGCAUUCAGAGACGACCUGAAAUAUACGGGAGGUAAUGUGAGUCUUCUGACGAGCUUUUACCUUCUAGAUAGACACACUAAAGCUUGUGGUGGUUUCAAAAACUCAUUCACUCAAAAGGACAAAUUGACUUACACCAUUUGUCUUUAUAUUCUCUCUUUCUACCCUUUUUUCUCCGCAUUUGCUUCCCUCUUCUACUAAGAAAGUACCCAACGAUCUUGCUGAUAUUGUGAUUGGUGGUCUUAUAAGGUGUCGAAGACGGAUCUUGUGUCUUGUUUUUAGUCGCCGUGA